AUGUCUAUACACCAUAAAAAAAUCUGGUAUGCUCCACAUAAAUUUGAGGCCUACGGUGAAGAAGAAAUAAAUGCUGUGGAAGCAUGUCUACGAGUAGGCUGGUUAGCGCCAGGUCCUAUCACUGAAAAAUUUGAAUGCGAAGUAGCCAAAAUAUACAAGAAAAACUUUGGCAUCAUGGUCAAUUCUGGCUCGUCUGCAAAUGUUCUUGCGUUGCUCAUAGCAGGACUGGAACCGGGAGAUGAGGUCAUUACGCCUGCUUGUACUUUCUCGACGACUGUUGCACCAAUAGUGCAGCUUCGUCUGAAACCAGUUUUCUGCGAUGUCGAAAUUGGUUCUUAUGUACCCUCUGUUCAACAAGUUAUGGACAAAGUAUCUGCAACUACAAAAGCUCUCUUUUUACCUAAUUUAAUUGGAAGUAAGCCCGACUGGGAUCGAUUGAAAGCUGAACUUAUCAUGUUGGGACGACAAGAUAUUUUAUUGAUCGAAGAUUCAUGUGAUACCAUUACCAGUACUCCUGUAACGGAUAUAUCAGUGGCAUCCUUCUAUUCGAGUCAUAUAAUCACGGCAGGAGGUGGAGGAGGUAUGGUGAUGUGUAAUCAAAAAGAACAACGAGAUAAGGCACUUCAAUAUCGUGAUUGGGGACGAAUGGGGACGAACACCGAAAAUUUUUCGGAAAGAUUUGGCCAUGACAUUGAUGGUAUUGAAUAUGAUUUCAAAUUUCUCUAUCCACUUCUCGGUUAUAACUUUAAAUCGACAGAAAUGAACGCUGCUUUUGGUCUUGAACAAAUGAAAAAACUUCCAUUUUUUCAACAAAAACGUCGAGAUAAUAUUGCAAAUUAUGUACAACAACUCAAAGAACUUGAACAAUUUGGUCUUGUAUUGCCUAAACAACAUGAUAGUAUGGAUUGGUUAGCGUUACCACUUAUGUUACCAAAUCGAAAGCCUCUCCUUCAGAAACUGGAAGAUUGUGAGAUUCAAACACGUGUGUGUUUUGCUGGUAACGUCACACGUCAUCCAGCCUACCGACAAUAUCUCCAAGAAUUUCCUAAUUCAGAUAGAAUAAUGAGUGAUGGCUUUCUCGUUGGCGCUCAUCAUGGUCUCGAAACCGAUGAUAUUAACUAUGUUUGCAGUGUUAUCAAAGCCCAUGUCAUGAACGCAUCAUCUAUGAAAAAUGUUUAA